AUGAUGAAGCUGUUAUCUAUAAUCUUAAUUUUUACUCUUGUUUCAAUUGAUCAAACAAUAAAUGCACUGUCAUGGGAUGAAACUUAUCCUAAAGGUCAAGUAAUUCCAGUCAAUGAUUUUAAUGUAUAUUCUGUUGGAAAAUCUGCUCGUAAUUUAUCAAUAAUUGUCAUUUAUGAUAUUUACGGUUUCAAUAUAAGUCAAACACGUGUAUUUUGUGAUCGUCUUGCAUCCGAAUAUUCUGUUCAUGUAGUAAUGCCAGAUUUGUUCCGAGGUACAGCAGCUCCAGCAACUGGAAAUCGUACUGUAUGGAUGGCUGGUGUUAACAAUUGGACUAAAAUUUCAACUGAUCUUCAAAAUGUUGCCGAUUGGUUACAUAAAUCUUUUUCAACAAAUAAAAUUGGCUUAAUUGGAUUCUGUUGGGGUGGUUUACAAGUUGUUCGUGCAUGUUCAAAUUUAUCAUCACUAUUUUUUACUGGUGUAUCAAUUCAUGGUUCAUCAUUAACACCAUUUGAAGUUAGUCAAUUACAAAAACCAAUGUUAUUUAUUGCAGCCGGUAAUGAUCCUGCACUUCAACCGAAUAUAUCUAAUGCUAUUGAACAAUCAAAUACGAAAAUAAGUCAACAAUGUGAAUAUAAAACAUAUUCUGAUAUGCGUCAUGGAUUUGUUGCUGCAGGUGCUAAUUAUUCAAAUCCAGAUAAUGUUCGUGCUAUUGAUGACGUACAGUUAACUGUGCGAAAUUAUUUGGAUAAAAUAAACAAUAUAUCGUUAAGAUUAUCAAUAGAUUUGUAUUUUCUAUUAACUCUUUUGCUUUCACUUAUAUUUAUAUAA